AUGACCGGUCCAUCUCUGACCACAAAACAGCUGGUUCUGCGUCUUUACCGUGAUCUCCGUCGAUACGGAUCGCAACUGCAAUAUACAGACCGCGAGUACUUUCUGAAACGCAUACGGUGGGAAUUUCAGCAGAAACGUGAAAUUACAGAUCUCAACGAAAUUGAGUAUUGCUACAAGCUUCUAACCAAUUUCCUGCGGAUCAACUUAUCAGCCAUACGCUACAAGUCUACCGUCGAUAAAUCUAAGGUUCCGGUUUUAGUUGAGAAUGAACUAGAGGAGUUGUUUGUACGAGGUAGUGGACCGGGAGGACAAUCUGUCGCAAAAACCAGUAACAAGGUAGUUUUAACUCAUAAACCUACCGGGAUUGUAGUUCAAUGCCACACAUCCCGGUCGUUACACAAAAAUCGCCAAGAAGCUCGUCGAUUGUUGGUCGAUAAACUAGACCAUCUCGAAAAUGGAAACAAUUCUGUAAACGCUCAAUUACAAAGAAUUGAACAGAAAAAACACUUAGUAACUCAGCGGCGCAAAAUUCGUCUGCAAGAGAUGAAGAAAGCUUGGAAACAAAGGGAAUUUGGAAGUGACGAUUAA